AUGGCUGCCUACGAGAACGGUCCCUCGAGAGGGAAAGGGCCCUCUCUCCAGCAGGGCUUGGGCGCCCCUCGCGCUGUAAUCCAGGCAAUACUAUCGCUCGCAGCAAAACGUCGUCGGACACAAUGGCCUCCUUUUCCCAUGGGACAGAGAACAAGAGGGACUUUCAAAAGCGCCUCCUCCCACCUCCUCCAACAGCUCAUCCGCCGCUCUCAGGAAACGGAGACGGAAGCGCAGGGCGAAGAGGAAUCCUCGGAAGAGUCAGAGGAGUCCGAAAUGCUGAAUUUGGAGGCGGAGUUUGAUGGGAUCCUGAGAGAGGAGGCUGUGGCCGAAGCACUCAAUGAGUUGGGGUGGUCGGGCCCUGGGACGGAGCAGGUCUACCUCAACCUGAAUUUAUCACACUGCGAUUUAAUCGACAUCAGCAUUCUGUGUAACUAUGUUCACCUACAGAAGUUGAAUCUUUCAGCGAACAAAAUCGAAGAUUUGUCUUGUGUGAGCUGCAUGCCGUAUCUUCUGGAACUAAAUGCUUCUCAGAACAGGCUGACUACCUUCUUCAAUUUCAAGCCACCCAAAAAUCUCAAGAAGGUGGAUUUUUCCUCCAACCAGAUUAUGGAAAUGUGUGACCUGUCGGCAUACAACACUCUGACUCAACUCAUUUUGGACCACAACGAGAUAGAAGAAAUCACUGGGUUAGAGAACUGCAUCAGCCUGACCCACCUCAGUCUGGCUGACAACAAGAUCACAACCAUCAGCGGCUUGGGAACACUACCCAUCAAAGUACUUUGUUUGAGCAACAACCAGAUUGAGAACAUCACAGGUCUGGAGGAACUGAAAGCCUUGCAGAAGCUGGAUCUCUCCUACAAUCAGAUCAGUAGCCUCCAGGGCUUGGAGAACCAUGACCUCCUGGAAGUGAUCAACCUAGAGGAGAACAAGAUUGAGGAGCUGAGUGAAAUAGAAUAUAUUGAAAAUCUUCCUAUCCUUCGAGUUCUCAAUCUGCUAAAGAAUCCAAUUCAGAGCAAAUCUGAGUACUGGUUCUUCGUAAUAUUUAUGCUGCUGCGACUGACAGAGUUAGAUCAGCAGAAGAUUAAAGUGGAAGAGAAGGUUUCUGCCGUGAAUAUAUAUGACCCUCCCCCUGAAGUGGUCGCUGUCCGAGAUCACAUGACCCAUGUUGUCAACAGCAUGUCGCAGCCACAGAGGAUCUUUGACAGUACUCUGCCGAGUCUGGAUGCCCCUUACCCCAUGCUGAUCCUAACUGGUCCUGCAGCGUGUGGGAAACGAGAACUUGCCCACCGCCUCUGCAGACAGUUUAAUACUUACUUCAGAUAUGGGGCCUGCCACACCACACGACCACCGUACUUUGGUGAAGGGGAUCGAGUUGAUUAUCACUUCAUCUCUCAAGAAGUUUUUGAUGAAAUGCUCAACAUGGGGAAAUUUAUCCUAACAUUUAGUUACGGUAACCACAAUUAUGGAUUAAAUAGGGACACUGUAGAAGGUAUUGCAAGAGAUGGACUAGCAAGCUGCAUUCAUAUGGAAAUAGAAGGCGUAAGAAGUUUGAAAUAUUCUUAUUUCGAGCCUCGCUAUAUCUUGGUGGUGCCCAUGGACAAGGAAAAAUACGAAGGAUACUUGCGGAGAAAGGGAUUGUUUAGUCGAGCAGAAAUUGACUUCGCCGUCUCCAGGGUGGACCUUUACAUUAAAAUUAAUCAGAAAUUUCCAGGAUAUUUCGAUGCAGUGAUCAAUGCAGAUGAUCUGGACAUUGCCUACAAACAGCUAAGUGAGCUCAUUCGAGAAUACCUGGGAUUGACCAAGGAAGUCACUAAGGGUUUGGCUCCAACCGCAGCAGGGGCUCCCUCUAACAAGAAGACCAUCUCUGGGGUCCCGGCACAUCUGGUCCCCUCCCCCAGGCGCUUGGCAAGACUGCAAGCAGACGGCCAAAACUCAGAGGCUCUCCUGGAAGUGCAGACUCUUGCAACGACCUCUGAAAGUCAGAACCCAGCUCCCUCAAAGGGCCAAGAGUUAACUGAGGAGGGAGAACCCCCUAAGAAGGACCCUUCUCCUAGCAGCCACCUGGAUCCCCUUCAGGAGGUCAGUUCUUCAACCCUUGCUAUUCCUCAGGAAGCCCAAGACAUACCACCAAAGGAGAAGGAAGGGGAUGGCCAGCCAGCCGACCUUCCUCCGAAGAUAACUACUGAGAUGGAAGGCUCUGAAGAUGAGCCUAGACCACCUGAGAUAGAAGCAGGACAGUCUUCUACUGUUGCAUCUCAAGAGCCAUCACAGCAUCCUGACCCCUCCCCCCGACUCAGACCUCAGUCAGACCAGGAUAAGGAAUCUGGAGAGCUCAAAGGAGCCCCUAGCAACCCACCCCUCUCUGAAUCUUCACAGGGACCUGACCCAGCUUCUGUGCAGGAUAAGGGAACUGAGCCAACCAACCCUGUGCCCAGCAGUUCCGCUUCUGUGCAGGAUAAGGGAACUGAGCCAACCAACCCUGUGCCCAGCAGUUCCGCUCACAGUGCUUCAGAAGAUCCUACCCCCUCUGAUGUGGUGAAGCCCGCUGGGGGCUCUCAACCACCUCCGAAGGAAGGAACCUCCAAAGCAGAAGUUCCCCGGGCUGGUACUCCUUACCCAGAAAUUCCCCCUCCCCAGGACUCAUCCACAAACUCAAAACAUACCCAGGUCAGGGAACAGCCAGUGACUUUGCUCCCUAGAAGCCGGCUGGCUCCUACCAGGCUGCCCCAGCCCCAGACCCUGGCUCCUCUCCAGAGCAGAAGACCCACACCCAAGCUUCUCUCUCCCAGCAGGGAAGAGGCUUUGGGGACGAGCUCAGAUCAGACCCCAGCUCCAUCUCCAAGGUCUCUUCCAACUCAGGAUGGAGACCCCAGUAAGCUUCCUCCCAUCAGCCCUCCCCAGUCCAAACCACCCCCAAACCCAAGCCCUGACACAGCCCACAGUCCACAGCAAGCCCACUUUGGGAAAGGCAGUGAGAUGAAGCUCCCACUUAUCAGCCCGCAGGAACAAGCCCAGCGGCACUCCCCCAAUCCUCCCCAGGAAGAGGAAGCACCCAAAGUCCGCCUCCCUCAUAUUCCUGCUCCCUCUGUAGAACCUCAGCCGCCUCAGAACACCUGGCCAAGGUCUACUUCGAAGCCUGCAAAAGAGAGAAAGACUCUUAAAGUAGGUCAUGCCUCCGGCAAGAAGAUUCCAGAUCUGCAGGCCUCAACUCACAGCCAGGAGGCUGCUAAGCAGAAAGACGCUAGGAAAAAAAACCUCAGGCAGAGAGAGAUAGCUAAAGGGCCGCCACACCCAAGAAAGAUGCCAGCCGGAAAGUCUCAGACUAACCAGCAGUCAGAGUCCCAUAGUAAGCCAACUCCUAGGAAUGUGUCUGACCCACUUGCCACCAUGUCCCCUCUGAGCCACGCUGAAGCAAUGCCAGCAGACCCCCAGAACCAGGAGGAGAAAACCCACAAAGCCCAUAAUUCCAGAAAGAAGGACCUGGCUCAGUCUGUAGGUGCAUCCCAUAACCCAGUAACGUCUGAAGGGGUAGCUCAAGAAAAUGAGAUGGCCUUCGGUGAGAAUCAGCCAACCGGAGAAGGUCAACCCCCGCAGCCCACCGCCAAGUUGGCACAGGAGGGUUCUGCUCCUGCGGUGCAUCGUGGGGGAAGAGAACAGGCUCAAAAGAAGGAAAGGUCUCAGAAGAGAGAGGUGGUGGGGAAACCUCCAGAGCAGGAGACUGCAGCCCCUAGCCAGCCACGGGCCAAAGAGACACAAGCCCACAGAGACACCAGUGAGCUCAGACAGGGCUACGCCCAGAGGCACAAUAUCCUUAUGUCUAAGCAGCAACCCAAAGAAAAACGAACUCGAAAAAAUGGGGCUGUGCCAGAGAACAGAAGCCCUGCUGCUGCCCCCCAGAAUCAGGUGUUAGAGGAGGAGCAGGGCAGCCGGACAGGAAGACUGCGAGCCAGGGGCAGCCAGAGCAUCAAAGUUUAAGCCUUGGUUCCUGAGAAGCUGUGAGGUCUGGUGCUGUCGGGCUUGGAGAUGCACCAAGAUGUGCUGGUUUCCUUCUGCCUCCACCAGUCAACGCCUUGCCUGGGGUGGGAGGUCUCAGAAGCCUUUGUAGCUCUGUUCCCCCUUGUGGCAGCAGCCUGGGGAGACAGCUGGUUUGUUGCUGGUGCCAUCAAGGGGCUCUUAUGAAUUUCAGUAGCACUGAUGGCUGAAGAAGGGCAGAUUACCAUAAUGUUUUGUUUUCUUCAUUAGGAAAACUCACUUCUAGGCUGGAAAAUUUCUUCAUGCUUUGUGCAUUAUUGGAGGGGCCUGCAGAAAAAAAAAAAGAACUGCAAAAUGAAAC